CCCUUCGUGCACGCAGCCCUCCACUUUUCUCUCCACACUCUGCGCGGCUGUCAGCGAGGCGAGAAGCCAGGCGUUCUCCCGCCCUUCCUACCACCUCACCUCGGUCAAACAUGGCUACAGUGGUGACCUCGACCCGCUUCACGGAUGAAUACCAGCUCUACGAGGAACUCGGAAAGGGUGCUUUCUCCGUGGUGAGGCGAUGCGUCAAGAAGUCCACCGGCCAGGAGUACGCUGCGAAAAUCAUCAACACCAAGAAGCUCUCUGCCAGAGAUCACCAGAAAUUGGAGCGAGAGGCAAGAAUCUGUCGUCUGCUCAAGCAUCCAAACAUUGUGCGACUCCAUGACAGCAUCUCAGAGGAAGGUUUCCAUUACCUCAUCUUUGACCUCGUCACCGGCGGCGAGCUCUUCGAGGACAUCGUCGCCAGAGAGUAUUACAGCGAGGCAGACGCCAGCCACUGCAUCAAUCAGAUCCUGGAGAGCGUCAGCCACAUCCACCAGCAUGACAUCGUGCACAGGGACCUUAAGCCGGAGAACCUGCUAUUGGCCAGCAAGAUGAAGGGAGCGGCGGUGAAGCUCGCAGACUUUGGCCUGGCCAUCGAGGUCCAAGGGGACCAACAGGCCUGGUUUGGCUUUGCGGGGACGCCAGGGUAUCUGUCGCCAGAGGUGCUGAGAAAGGACCCGUAUGGCAAGCCCGUGGACAUAUGGGCGUGUGGUGUGAUUCUGUACAUCCUGCUGGUGGGCUACCCUCCCUUCUGGGACGAGGACCAACACAAACUGUACCAGCAGAUCAAGGCUGGUGCUUACGACUUCCCAUCUCCAGAGUGGGACACAGUGACCCCCGAGGCCAAGAAUCUGAUCAAUCAGAUGCUUACCAUUAACCCUGCCAAAAGGAUCACAGCCGACCAGGCCCUCAAGCAUCCCUGGGUCUGCCAACGCUCCACAGUGGCUUCCAUGAUGCACCGUCAAGAGACUGUGGAAUGUCUGCGCAAGUUCAACGCUCGGAGGAAACUUAAAGGAGCCAUCCUCACAACCAUGUUGGUAUCCAGGAACUUCUCUGUGGGACGGCAGCAUACGAGCCCUGCCGCCACCACCAGCACUGCCGCCAUGGCACAGGAAGCGUGCAAAACUUUGCUCAACAAAAAGUCAGACGGCGUGAAGAAAAGGAAGUCCAGCUCGAGUGUUUGUUUGAUGGAAGCCCAGACAACUGUGGUACACAACCCAGCUGACGGCACCAAGGGCUCCACGGAGAGCUGCAACAAUGCAGAAGAGGAGGAGAUGAAAGGCGCGGCCGUGCUUCACCAGUGCUGCACUGCCGAAGAAGAGCCAACCCAAAUACUCCACUCUCGCAAACAAGAAAUCAUCAAGAUGACCGAGCAGCUGAUCGAAGCCAUCAACAACGGCGACUUCGAGGCGUACACGAGGAUCUGUGACCCCGGCCUGACCUCCUUUGAGCCAGAAGCUCUGGGCAACCUGGUGGAGGGCAUGGACUUCCACAAGUUCUACUUUGACAACCUGUUGAGUAAAAACAGCAAGCCCGUGCACACCACCAUCCUCAACCCUCACGUGCACCUGAUCGGCGAGGACGCGGCCUGCAUCGCCUACAUCCGCCUGACGCAGUACAUGGACGGCCAGGGUCGGCCGCGCUCCUGCCAGUCGGAGGAGACGCGCGUGUGGCAUCGCCGCGACGCCAAGUGGCUCAACGUGCACUUCCACUGCUCGGGAGCCCCUGCCGCGCCCCUCCAGUGAAGGCCACGCCGCUGUGCUGAAACUGUGAGCUGAUUGGAGCGUUGACUCUCCUCCUCUUGGUGCUUGGAUGGAUGUAGGCCUACUAAAUGGGGGGAACAACAUCACAAAGUUGGGGGCACAAACAAUACAUCGUAGAGCAAGUUAAAAAAACAAACAACAACACAUAUAUCUAUAAAAAGCAAACAAAACAAACAACAAUAAUUAGCUUGACUGAAGAAGCGACCAACAGCAGCAUUGAUGGAGGUUGAGUUCCUCCAUGAUGGAUGGUGCAUGUUAGUGCUGGCUGCACAAGUUGGAUGCCGUCCGUCUGCUGGCUGGGAGAGUAUUCACUUCUUUCAUGUACAGACGCACACCUGAUUUAAUUGGAGGGCAGAGAAGGGGUGCUCAAUUAGCAUCGUCGUAGUCCGUUUGGACGUUAUUUUUUUUGUGUGUGUUACCAAAAGGGACCUUUUUUUCUUGUUUUACUCUCAUCAGUGCUUUUUAAGUUACUUUGUGUUGGUAAAGUUUUUUUUUUUUUUUUUUAUUGUAAUGUGUACAUUGAUAUUUAUAUUAUCCAGAUGGACGUGUGUCUGUUUGUGUGCGCGCCGUCCAAAGCUCCUCCCACCUGUCCGCAUGGACACGCCCCCUUUUCCCGUCCUGUUUCUCCUGUGUGCAAGCAUGACUCGGCCUGUACUGUUCUGGACUCGAUGAUGUUGCCCCUCCGGACCACGCCCACUCGCGUCACUUCCUGUCUCGGUAUUAAUGAUGAUGUCACGCCCGUCUCUCGUGUCCCUUGCGUGUGCUUUAUUGUCCACCUUGGCUUGCCGUACUUUGAACCUUGUGACGCUUCAAGAAGCAUGUUAUUUUAUAUGUUUUUUCAUUUAAUUCCCCCAAAAAGAAGCAGCUCGAAGGACAAAAAAAAGGCAUGAAUGAUAGCGAGAGAGCGCUGCAGAAGGCAAUCAACUCAACCCCCGUUUUGUUCUUGUAAAUGUCGUAGUUGUUAGUGUGGGUGUUUUUAUUCUCACUCGUUCGAGUCACAACUGGGAAAAAAUGCUGUGACCCUUUGCUACUACACACACACACUCACACACGUCACUUAAGCACAUGCAAACAAAUAUCGUCCCUUUAAAAGAGGAAACACAUCUGGCAACCCUCCUGAAACCCGGGUUUCUUAUUUCAAUGCUUUUGUUUUUUCCGUCACAGUCACGGGGAUUUCGCCAUCUUAUAAAGAAUUCACGCCACACACAAUGGAGCUUGCAGGUUUGGUGAAAAUAGUCAAAAAUUUAAAGUUGUAUUCGUUUUUUAACGCAAAAUGUGUCCAAUUAUAUCGCUAAUUUGUCUGCUUCUUCUUAAUUCCUUAAAGGCCUACUGAUAUGAGAUUUUCUUAUUCAAACGGGGAUAGCAGGUCCAUUCUAUGUGUCAUACUUGAUCAUUUCGCGAUAUUGCCAUAUUUUUGCUGAAAGGAUUUAGUAGAGAACAUCCACGAUAAAGUUUGCAACUUUUGGUCGCUAACAGAUACGCUCUGCCUUUACAGGAAGUAGCAGACGAUGAUGUCACCCGUUGAUGGCUCUGUCACGCCAAAUUACUUCCCUCCUACAACUCCCCACCACCCCAUUUACUUCCGGGGUCUUGAUUAAUACAGACGUUUUGUUAACGCUAUAUUAUAAAAAUAUAACGCUAUAUUAUAAAAAUACAGACGUUUUGUUAACGUUAUAUUAUAUAAAAUUAAAAAAAACAAUUUACAAACACAAGCUAUGGGAUGACUUAAGAGGAAACGUAACCCCGGAAGUAAAUGCGUCAUCCCAUAGCUUGUGUUUGUAAAUUGUUUUUUUGAUAAAAAUGUUUAUAAUAUGGGCGUUUUGUUAACGCCAUAUUAUAAAAAUAUAACGCUAUAUUAUAAAAAUACAGAGGUUUUAUUAACGCUAUAUUAUAAACAAAUAAUUAAAAAAACAAUUUACAAACACAAGCUAUGGGAUGAUGUAAGAGGAAACGUGACCCUGGAAGUAAAUGCGUCAUCCCAUAGUUUGUGUUUGUAAAUUGUUUUUUUAAUUUUAUUUUUUGUAAUAUAGCGUUAACAAAACGUCUGUAUUUUUAUAAUAUAGCGUUAUAUUUGUAUAAUAUAGCGUUAUAUUUUUAUAAUAUAGCGUUAUAUUUUUAUAAUAUAGCGUUAUAUUUUUAUAAUAUAGCGUUAUAUUUUUAUAAUAUAGCGUUAUAUUUUCAUAAUAUAGCGUUAACAAAACGUCUGUAUUAAUCAUGACCCCGGAAGUAAAUGGGGGGGAAGGUUUUUGUAGGGGGGAAUAUAUUUGGUGUGACAGCUCCUCACAUCCUCACAUUGUUUUUAAUUGGAGCCUCCAACAAAAACAGCUAUUCGGACCGAGAAAACGACAAUUCCCCCAUUAAUUUGAGCAAGGAUGAAAGAUUCGUGUUUGAGGAUAUUGAUAGCGAAGGACUAGAAAAAAAAAAAGCGCGAUUGCAUUGGUACGGAUUCCGAUGUUUUUAGACACAUUUACUAGGAUAAUUCUGGGAAAUCCCUUAUCUUUCUUUUGUGUUGCUAGUGUUUCAGUGAGAUUAACUAGUACCUGAUAGUCGGAGGGGUGUGUCCACGGGUGUCUUGAGGCCAGUGUCUGAGGGAAGUCGACGGCAGAUACAAGGACGGCACAAACUUAGCUGAGGCGACUUUUUACCACAAUUUUCUCACCGAAACCUGCUGGUUGACAUUCGGUCGGGAUCCAUGUUCACUUGACCGCUGUGAUCCAUAGUAAAGCUUCACCUCCGUGAAUUUUAAACAAGGAAUCACCGUGUGUUUGUGUGGCUAAAGGCUAAAUCUUCCCAACUCCAUCUUUCUACUUUGACUUCUCCAAUAUUAAUUGAACAAAUUGCAAAAGAUUCAGCAACACAGAUCUCCAAAAUACUGUCCGUGACGUCAUGCGCACACAUCGUCAUUACGUGACGUUUUCAACAAGAAACUCCCGGGAAAUGUAAAAUUGUAAUUUAGUAAACUAAAAAGGCCGUGUUGGCAUGUGUUGCAAUGUUAAUAUUUCAUCAUUGAUAUAUAAACUAUCAGACUGCGUGGUGGGAAGUAGUGGGUUUCAGUAGGCCUUUAAGUCCUUAAGCUGGCGAGAAUUGUCGUACAGUAUUAUUCCAAAGCUGGUGGGCCACUAUAUAUAUAUAUAUAUAUAUAUAUAUAUAUAUUUAUAUAUGUUAUCUAAUUUUUUAAACACUUGUUUUCCUUCUGGCAGCAAAGCCAAACCUGAGCGACUCGCGUGCGCCCUCCGGUGGCCUAUCAUGUGCACUGCUUCGUGUCGUUCACACUGAUAGUCUUUUUUUUUUUCUUUUUUUUGGGGGGUCCAUUUGUAGUCACUGCAGUUUGCUUAGAAGCAGACAGACAGGGUAUAUUUCCACUUGUGUUAUGUCUUAAUGUUGUACAUAGAUGUCAUGUGACCAAAUUUGGGGGGGGGUCUGAUUGCACCAACUACCUAAAACUUUACAAAUCACUCACUGUCGUUUUUGUUGUUGUUGGUCUGUUGCAGCUUUUUGCAUCAUAAUUACAGCAGAGGAGGUUAGAAGGUUCAUGCUACAAGCCACAGCAAACAUAUACAAAUAUUAUACAUAUAUGAGAAACAUAUAUAAAUAUAUGCAGUUUUACAGAUGGAUGCAAUAUGCAUGUGUACUUUCUUAGUCAUUUUUCACUGAUGGACAAAAGUUUGCAUCCUGGGUGUCACACACAGACGAGUAGAGAAGCCUUAGCUUGUUUGUGUGACUGCAUUGUAACAUUUUGGUUAACUUUAAAAAAGAAAAUAUACAUAAAGAGGUUGGGGCUUCAUUUGUCCAGCCCCCCUCUGUUGGAUGCUGGGUUUUUGCAUGAGCGUAGAAUUAAUCAUGAAAGUCGUACAUUGUUUGUUUGGAUGGUUGUUCUUAAUAGCUUGGUUAUUACUGGAAUAUUGAAGUGUAUUUAAUAAAAAAAAAUUGCAUUUUAAA